CCCGCCAGCAGACCUGCCACGCACUACCUGCCGCUCACCUGUGCUCAGUUUUGUUGUUGCAGUUUUGCAUGUGUGCCACCACGGAUACUUUCGGUACGGAAGCUUUUAUAUGUGAAAUUCAGGCUAGACCAGUAAUUUGGGACACAUCAUCCGUCGAUUAUUCGAACCGCGAACUGAAAGAAACGUGUUGGCAACAAGUUGUUGAGAUUUUCUUUUCAAGUGAAGGAAGAACCCGUAAUGGUGACAAAACGUGCAUAUAUUUUGUUGUAGGCUUGGCGUUGCAGAAGAGGUGGAAGAACCUCAGAGGCUAUUUUGCGCGUGAGCUACAACACAGGAAAUCCUUAAAGUCAGGAUCGGGUGCCACAAGGAAGAGCCUAUACAUUUACUUUAACCAACUGUCGUUUCUUCAGACCGUUGUCAGCAUAAGGGAAUCUGAACAAGCUGAGGAUCCGCACGAAAAUGAAGAAGAAGAAGCUGCAUCUCGUGCAGGUGCGGUUCCGUUAAGAAGAAAUAGAAAAAGGAGGAAAGAAGAUGACGAAGACCAACUGAUUAAGCUACUUAAUGCGAGUAUUCAGCAAAGACAAUUACGGGAGCGGCAAGCAGAAGAGGAUGAAGACACAAUGUUUUUGUUGUCUCAGUUAAAACCCCUUCGUGGUAUUCCCAAGGAAAGGAAAAUGGAGACGAAAAUUAAAAUAGUGAGUGUGAUAAAUGAAGCUCAGUACGGACCACGCUAUUUACAGAGUAAUGUUCAUUCAGGACACUGGCCAAUAGGAAAUUAUCGUCCUACAGUUUCCUGCACCCUGUACUUGAUGCUCCACUGCAGUCGCAAACUACUAACACAGUAAAUUACUAUCCACAACAUGCACCUCCAGAACAAAAUUACACAGUUACGUCUCCAGCUGAAGCAAGUGAUGUUAAUGGGUCAGAGUCGUCAGACGUUGUUGAUUUGUUUUAAGGUUUUUUUUCUGAUAAUGCUUUGUCUCAU